AUAAAGGGUUGGCCGGGGGGUUAGUUAAGGAUAGCGUAAUACAGGUCAAUACAGUACACCGCUGUGUGACGUGCCUGUGUAUUGUUCUGCCUAGUUAAAUAGACCUUGUUGACAUCUUCCGUUCCAGGAAUGCGGUGGUCGUUUCGUUUAUUUUUCUAUUCCCUGUGUGGCAAUGAUAAUGCACACGCAUACUUUUUCCAGUAAAGAAAACGAGACCGGUGUGUGUGAGAGAGAGAGAGAGUGAGAGAGAGAGAGAGAGAGAGGGAGAGUGAGAGAGAGAGAGAGAGCGAGCGAGCGAGCGAGAGAGCAUAAUUUCUACUUUAAUUUCGAAAUAGAAAGGACAAUUGUUCAGGUACAGAACAGCGGUAUUUAGAGCGCAGGAAAACGGAGACUGUCGAGGUAGAAGAAGAAGAAAAAAACACGGUGACGCCUAAUAGUCUCUCAUUCAGUGCGUCUGGCACGGCAAGCAGACAACCUCCUCUUGGGACGAUAAAGUUUCCAGCUCUGUUUCCCACACUUUCGCACAGCUCCGGAAAGCUGCUCGCGACGUUCGCGUUUACGUUCCCCUCCACACCCUAACCUCUCGUUUCAGGAAACGCGAAAACGCCAGUUGCUGCGCCUCGGGUUUCGCUCGCGGUGCUUUAUCGAGAACCGUGGGCCAUGCUGACGACUGGGCGCCCCUUCCCGCAGGAGUGUUCCCCUGCUUUGGGCUGAAGUGCCGAAGCUGAGCCCGAAGCGACCGGAGCAACUGAAAGGAACGGAACGGCGUCAUCGAAGACUUGGCGGAAUGAUUCGUUUGAGGCAGCAGUGGUGUCCUGUGUGGGUCUUUUGUCUGUUCUUGGUGCUAUGUCCGGAGCUGGUCCUGAGCUUGUCGGUCCAGUUCCAGAGUGAGGAACCGGUCUAUGUGAUUCUGAGUCAAACCCUGGUUCUGGAGGCUCGGCUGGACCUGGCCGAUGGAGAGCAGGUUGCCACGGUGACGUGGGAGAGGGAGGCGGAGGGCAGGACCGACCGGGGGAAGGUGAAGGUGGCGGAGUUUCCGGGGAAAGCGCCGGACGCGCGCGUCACCACCGAGCAGCAGGGGGCGACGCUGAGGGUGACGGGCUUCAGCCACGAAGACCGAGGGAUCUACACGGUCACGGCGACCGGCACGGCGGGGUCCAGGAGCUCCGCUGCACGUACCGUACGGGAGUACGAGGCGGUCAACCAUGUUUCCGUGGCGAUAAACGUGUCGCACUGGCUGCUGUGGUGCGGGGAGGCGUGGGGCACGGACCCGCGGUACAGCUGGCUGCACGAGAAGGCGCCGGUGACGGAGGAGGUGGGCCGCGCUUCGCCCGACGGCACCGAGCUGCACCUGUCAGGCCGACCCUGCGGACACUUCACCUGCAUCGUCAGCAACCGGCUGGGACACAGCUCAGCGACCUACACUGCAGAGCCGUGUGAGCGCCAGGGGGGCGGCACCGCGGUGGGCGUGGCCCUCCUGGUCCUCCUCCUGAUCUGCGGCGGCGGCGGCGUCCUGGCUUUCCUCGCGUGGCGGCGACGCAGGAAACGGCAGAGGGGGGUCGAGAGGCUGCGCGAGCCCUGGGAGGACCAGCUGUGAGGGGGCGUGGUCUGGGGGGGGGGCGCUGUGGCCCCGCCCCUUCCUGCCUCCCGCCCUGUCAGUUUCCUGCUGGUGAUUGACAGGGGGCUGUGCGAGUGAGGCGACACCUGUUGGGUGACUUCCUGGUCAGCUGUGGGACAGCAGGGGCCGAGCCGGUCGCUCCUCUGCGAUUUGAGGCAGUGAAACAAAAGGAGAGAUACUUUUAAAAAAAAUAAUAAAUAAAAUUUGUAUUGUUU